CCGUGCGUAGCGUGCGUAGCGUGGCCGAGCCGUGCGCGGGCCCGACCGUCCGUCCGACCGAUCGACUUACCCGCGAAAAAGUGCAAAGUGCAGUUCAGUGCUACAGUGAGUGCAAUAGUGAGUGCUGUGCUACAAGUGUCGCUUCAGUUGUUGAUGGUACCGUAAGUGAAAUGACAGUGCGACCCAAGUGCUGCUGACCGUGCGCCUGCCACACGAUGGGGUGGCCGUCGACGCUGCGGCUCGUCCUGGCGGCCGCGGUGCUGGCCGCCGCGCUGGCCUCGAGGGGGGACCACGACUACGAGGAGAUGUUCACGACGGAGCCGACGUCCACGACGACGACGACCUCGACGACGCUGUCGCCUGUGAUGCGGCUGUACGAGGAGCGCCGGCAGCGCGAGCGCCGCGGCCACGGCGCCGUGGGGCUGGGCCGCAUGUGGCGCCGGCGCCACGCGCUGAGCCACGCGCGGCACGCGGCGCGCUGCGCGGACGGCGAGACCAUGCAGAUGCUGCGCUUCGCGCCCAGCGGCGCCAGCGAGGCGCUCCGGGCGCUGCUGCUGGCGCCGGGCGAGGCCGCCGGCAGCGCGCUCCUGCAGCACGCCAGGAAGGCCGAGGUCGUCUUCACCGGCAAGGUGGUGGGCCGCGGCGGGCGGCUGCGGCGCGACGCGACCACCAGCCCGACGACGGCCCCGCGACGCGGCCGGCAGACGCACGACCUGGUGCCGCGCGGCGCCGCGCUCUGGGUGCGAGUCAAGCGUGUGCUCAAGGGCCGCCUCGACGCCGACCUGGUGCAGCUGCAGACGGCCCCGGGCAACGGCAGCCACCACGGACCCUCGGCCACCUGCCCGCAGCUGCUCAAGGUCCACAACACCGCCAUCUUCCUGGCCAACAAGCUGGGCGAUGGCGGGCAGCCCGUCGUGGCGCCCGUCCUCGACGUCGAGGACAACUUCGUCCCGGACGACGACGAGCGCGCGCCCCGGCUGCAGCUCGCCACCGACCCCUUCGCGCUGACGCUCAGGAACCUGCAGAUGGCGUCCAGAGCAACAAAAGACUUCUCCGACCUACCUGGGGCCACCAGCCUAGAAGAGAACCCAGACCCGUGCCGCGACAAGGUGUGCCAGGUGGGCGCCAACUGCGUCGUGUCGGUGGACGGGCUGUCGGCCUUCUGCGAGUGCCCGCGGACGUGCAACAUCGGCGAGGCCGUCGGCGAGCCCGUCUGCGGCACGGACCUGCAGGAGUACGCUGACCACUGCGACCUCAUGAAGGCGGCCUGCGCGCAGAACAAGGACAUUCGCGUCAAGUUUAAGGGGCCAUGCGACCCGUGCGCCGAGAUGGAGUGCCCGGAGCCGCGCGUGUGCGCGCUGGGCGAGGACCGCCAGCCCGAGUGCCGCUGCGACGAGGUGUGCCCGGACGAGUUCUCGCCCGUGUGCGGCUCGGACGGCCGCACGUACGCCAACACGUGCCGGCUGCGGCGCGAGGGCUGCCGCACGCGGCGCGAGCUGCGCAUCGUGUACCGCGGCCGGUGCACGGCCGGCGAGAACCCCUGCGCGGGCCUGCUCGCGUCACCGGGGGCGCCCGGCGCGUGCGCGCACGGCCAGGUGUGCGCCGUGGGCCGCGACGGCGUGGCGCGCUGCGAGUGCCCGCCCGAGUGCGAGCUCGUCGUGCGGCCCGUGUGCGGCUCGGACGGACGCACCUACGACUCGGCCUGCCACCUCACCCGGCAGGCCUGCCUCGCCCGCGCCAACGUCACUGUCGCCUACACCGGAUCCUGCGGCGUGGACGGCCCGUGCAGUGCGCACGCGUGCUCGCACGGCGGCGAGUGCGUGCCCCGGCACGGCGCGCCGCGCUGCGUCUGCCCGCGCUGCCCGCUCACCUUCCAGCCCGUGUGCGGCUCGGACGGCGUCUCGUACGGCAACGAGUGCCGGCUGCGCCUCGAGAACUGCCAGCGCCGCCUGGACGUGCGCGUCGCGCACCAGGGCCUCUGCAGCUGCGAGAACCGCUCCUGCGGCCCGCACGCCACCUGCGAGACGGACGCCACCGGCGAGGGCCAGUGCGUGUGCCCUGACUGCAGCGCACCUGCGGAGCAGGAGCACAGCCCGGUGUGCGGUUCUGACGGCGUGACCUACGACAACGAGUGCGCCAUGCGCCGCGAGGGCUGCAAGGAAGGCAGGAACGUGGCGGUGGCCUACCGGGGUGACUGCGACUCGUGCCGGGACGUGACGUGCCAGGAGGGCGCGGCGUGCGUGGAGGGCGCGUGCGUGUGCGAGGCCAGCUGCGGCGCGCAGGAGGGCGGGCCGUCGCCGCCCGGCGCGGUCGCCGUCAGGGAGGCGGUGUGCGGCUCGGACAGGGUCACGUACCCGAGCGAGUGCGCCCUCAAGAGGACGUCGUGCCAGCGCCACCCGGAGCCGCCCAUCACCGUCCUGUUCUACGGCGACUGCCUCGAGCGCUUCGGCGAGCACACCGCCACCGUGCCGCCGCACAUGGCCAACCAGUCCGCCAAGCUGACGGAGGCGUCGCACGGCAAGGUGCUGCAGCCGGGGCGCAAGGACGCGCAGCACGUGACGGGCGGGACGGCGGAGCGCGCCGAGGCCUGCAAGGACAUCCGCUGCGACUACGACGCGACGUGCGAGCUGGGCACGGACGGCUUCCCGCGCUGCUCGUGCGUCUUCGACUGCGGCGCGGCGCUGUGGCUCAACGCCGGGCCGCAGGGCCCCGUGUGCGCCUCCAACCAGCGCAUGUACCCGAGCCUGUGCGACAUGAAGCGCGAGGGCUGCCAGCGCCAGGAGGAGCUGCGCCUGCGCCCCAUGGACCUCUGCAAGGGACUGGAGGUGAAGCCGUGCGGGGGCCAGGCCGAUCCACUCCGCGACACCGCCUCGGGUGGCGAGCUGGACUGCGGCGCCGGGCCGCAGCGCCAGGACUGUCCGCGCGGCUCCUACUGCCACACCACGCCGCACUUUGCACGCUGCUGCCCCAAGACCGGCUCGUACAGGCAGCACGUGUCCUGCGAGGAGUCCUGGUACGGCUGCUGCCCCGACGGGCGGACCCUGGCCGACGGUCCGGACGGCGAGGGCUGCCCCAAGAUGUGCGGCUGCAACAAGCUGGGCGCCGUGAGCGACGCCUGCGACGCGGACACGGACGCGUGUGUCUGCAAGACGGGCGUCGGCGGCGAGAAGUGCGACCGCUGCGAGCCCGCCUACUGGGGCCUUCAGAAGGUCCGCGACCACGGCAACCCGUCCGUCGGAUGCCUGCCCUGCCAGUGCCACAAGUGGGGCGCGGUGCGCGACGACUGCGAGCAGAUGACGGGGCGCUGCGUGUGCCGGCCCGGCGUCCAGGGCGAGAAGUGCGAGGAGUGUGUGGCGCCCGGCCACGUGCUGUCCCCCGCCGGCUGCGGCCCGGGUGUCCCCGGCUCCAACGUGGGCGGCCCGGCGACGGAGCGGCCGCUCAAGCGCUCCACUUUGCACCGCUUCACGGAGCCCGGGCCCGGGCCUGGCAUGACCGGCGGCGCGUCCUACAAGUCCACGCGCCACCUGGGGCUGUCGGCGCCGCCGCCGCUCGACCCGCGCCACUCGCAGAACCGCUACUACUACUCGGCGGCCAACCGCAGCGGCGAGGCGGAGGCGGACGGGGACGCGGUGGACGCGGAGGGCGCCGGCGGCGACAGCCGCGAGGUGGACGUGAUCCACUCGCUGGCGGCGGCCUCCAGCGACCUCCUCAACGGCACGCUCCCCGACGGCGACCUGGAGGGAGUGCCGCCGGGGUGGCUGCCCACGCCCGCGCCGCCGCCCGCCGCGCCGCCCACACUGCUCGGCGACCCCUGCACCUCGUCGGCCGACUGCGGCGUCCAGCACUCGCACUGCCUGCUGGGCUCCUGCGCCUGCAUCGAGCCGCCCACCGCGGCCGGCCACAGCCGCAGCGACUGCCCUGCGCCCGCCAGCACCGCGGCGCCCACCUCGGCGUGCCUGUCCUCGCCGUGCGAGCAGCGCGGCGCCGUGUGCGUGGAGGGCCCGCUGGACUCGUUCACCUGCCUGUGCAACGGCGAGCCCUGCGAGAGCAACGCCACCGUCAGCGGGCUGUCGUUCGCCGGCGAGAGCUGGGUGCGGCUGUCGCGCAUCGAGGGGAGCCCCAUCGCGCUCUCGGUGAACGUCGAGUUCCUGAGCUUCUCGCCCGACGGCCUGCUGCUCUACGCGCAGCAGCACGACGACGGGUCCGGGGACUUCGUGUCGCUCGCGCUCGUCGGCGGCUACGUCGAGUUCCGCUACAACCUGGGCUCCGGGACGGUGGUGCUGCGCUCGGGCUCGCGCCUCACGCUGCACGCCCCGCACCGGGUGUCGGCCAAGCGCUACCACCGCGACGGCAUGCUGUCGGUGGACGACGACGCCGACGUGACGGGGCAGUCGCAGGGCUCGCUGCGGUCGCUGGACCUCAGCCCGACCACCUGGGUGGGCGGCGUGCCCAGCAACCACUCCAGGGUGUGGGAGAACAUCGGCACCUCCCUCGGCUUCACGGGCUGCAUCCGGCGGAUGACGCUGGGGACCCGGCGCAUCGACCUGGACAGCGCCGUGGCGUACUCCGCCGUCGGCCAGUGCGGCGGCGACCCCUGCUCGGCUCAACCCUGCCGCCACGGCGGGCUGUGCCACUCGCUCAACGCGCUCAACGCCUUCAAGUGCGAGUGCCCGCUCAACUACACCGGGCUCCUCUGCGAGGCGGCCGUGGACGCGUGCCUGGCCAGCCCCUGCUCGACGGGCUCCACCUGCGAGUCGCUGCCCGCCGGGGGCUUCACCUGCCACUGCCUGCCGGGGCGCCGAGGCAAGACCUGCCAAAUUGCCGAUGACCUGGAGCUGGAGCCGGCCGUGCCGGUGCUGGACGGGCACAGCUACGUGACGCUGCCGCGGAUGGAGGGCGUGGGCCGCGCCUUCUCCCUCGAGCUGUGGUUCAUGACGCGGGUGCCGGACGGCGCGCUGCUGUACGACGGCCAGCGGCUCAACUCGGCGGGUCGCGGCGACUUCAUCGCGCUCAGCCUGCACGCCGGCCGCGUCGACUUCCGCUUCGACCUGGGCAGCGGGCCUGCCAGGAUAGUGUCGGAGGAGGUGGUGGAGCCGGGCGUGUGGCACUCGGUGCGUAUCAGCCGGACGGACCGCGCCGGCAGCCUGCAGCUGGACAACGGCACCGUGGUGCGCGGCCUCAGCGGCGCGCCCCUCAACGAGCUCAACCUCGACCUGCCGCUCUACGUCGGCGGCGUGCCGUAA